AUGGACCUGAUUUAUUGUAAGACAGUCAUCUUCUUUCUGUUGGUUUCUCUCAGCCUUGGGAUAGAUGGGAAGUUUGCUCAGAAUUUUUUGAAUUUUUCCACCAUUGCUGGGCCUCUACCCCAUGAGCUGGCAGAGAGGUUGGGCCUGCAGGACCAGGUCCUGCCCGAGGACCAGCAGGGCCCUGCCAUGGCUGAAGCACGAGGUUACCUGUGCCAGCCAGAUCUCAUGGCUUCCGAACUGCCCCGGUACUUCUCCCAGCUGCGCGAGCGCGAGGUGACGCACUACAAACUCCUCCUGCCGUGGGCACGCGUUCUUCCCGAGGGGAACGCCAUGAGGGCGGAUGGAGCCCAGGUGUGGUGCUACCGGCAGCUGCUGGAGGCUGUGGCUGCUGCAAACCUCAGAGCAGUGCUGGUUCUGCACCACGGCCGCGUCCCCGGCGUGGUGGCCGCGCAGGCCGGCGGGAAGAGAGCCAGGGCUUUUUCCGAGCUUUUUGUGGAGUACGCAGAGUUCAGCUUCCACACCUUUGGGGACCUGGUGGAUGUGUGGCUGUCCUUCAGUGACCUGCCAGAGGUCCUUCAAAGCCUGCCCUACAGUGAGCCCCAGGAACGAGUCCAGGCCGUGGCUGCGGCUCAUGAAGGAUUUUACGCUGCGCUCCAUGAGAAAAUCUCACCAGCAGGUGGAAAACUGUCCAUUGCUUUGGAAAUGGAUCAUGUUUUGGACAGUGCUUCAUCAGAAUUGCUUUCAGUUUCUCUUCGGGAUUCAGUAGACUUUGUGUCUCUUAACCUUCAGUACCACUGUGGAAAUGAAAGAGAUUUCUACAAGAAAUUGAGUAAAUUCCAGAAUGUCUGGAAGGACAAAGACAUCUUGGUUUUUAGUCUAAAGGUCCUUGACUGUGCUUCCAUGGAAGAGCAUCCUUUCAAACCAGUAGCUGCUGUUGUCACAGCUAUUAAUAAAGAAGAAGCACAUCUGAUUGGGUGUGAUGUUAAUGAGUUCUUGGACUACUUAUCUGAUGUUUCAAGUGAAACAAAUACUCUACAGGAAAACCCAGAUGCUGUUCUUGCCCCUCAGUCCUCCUAUCAAACAGUCUGUGAAAUGUUUGCUGAACAGUCUGAAUCGGAGAGGGAUUCUUUCCUGCAAGAUGUUUUCCCACGUGGGUUCCUCUGGGGCAUAUCCACGGGCGCCUUUAACAUCGAAGGAGCUUGGGCAGAGGAUGGGAAAGGAGAGAGCAUCUGGGACCAGUUUGGGCAUGGGGCCCAUGUCCACAUGAACCAAACAGCAGACGUGGCAUGUGACAGCUACUAUAAAACCAGCUAUGACAUUUACCUGCUUAGGGGUCUUCACCCCCAGCUGUACAAAUUUUCUGUAUCCUGGUCUAGAAUUUUCCCUGCUGGCACCAACAAGACCAUCAAUUCCAAGGGAGUUGAUUAUUACAACCGCUUAAUUGACCGCUUGUUAGACUCUAAUAUUGAGCCCAUGGUGACUCUGUUCCACUGGGACCUGCCCCAAGCUCUGCAGGCUCUUGGUGGCUGGCAGAAUGAAAGUAUCAUAGAUGUUUUUGUGAGCUAUGCAGACUUCUGCUUUUCCAAGUUUGGGGAUCGAGUCAAGCUCUGGGUUACGUUCCAUGAGCCCUGGGUUAUCAGCUAUGCUGGCUACGGCACCGGAGAGCAUCCUCCAGGAAUCACUGACCCAGGAGCAGCAUCUUACAAGGUUGCUCACACAAUUCUCAAGGCUCAUGCCAAGGUCUGGCACCUGUAUAAUGACAAAUACCGUUCUCAGCAACUGGGAAAGGUGGGGCUGGUGCUGAACUCGGACUGGGCUGAACCCAAGACUCCAACCAGCUCCGAGGAUGUGAGGGCAUCUGAGAGGUACCUCCAGUUCAUGCUCGGCUGGUUUGCUCACCCUGUAUUUGUUAAUGGUGAUUACCCAGAUAUCCUAAAGGCUCAGAUCCAGGAAGUGAACCAGCAGUGCUCCACGACAGUUGCACAGCUGCCUGUGUUUACAGAGGAGGAGAAAUCCUUGAUAAAAGGGACUGCAGACUUCUUUGGCCUUUCCCAUUACACUUCCCGCCUGGUCAGUGCCGGCACUGACGGGAUGUGCACACCAAGCUACGAGAGCAUUGGGAAUUUCUCCUUGCAUGUAGAUCCUUCCUGGCCACAGGCUGCCUCUUCUUGGAUCCAUGUGGUCCCUUGGGGAUUAAGAAGGCUGCUGAAGUUUGUAUCCCAGGAAUACACAGGGUCAAAGAUACCAAUAUACAUAGCAGGGAAUGGUGUGCCCACAGAAGAUGCCGGGGAUCUUAUCAAUGAUACUCUGCGAGUGGAUUAUUUCCGCCAGUACAUUAAUGAAGCCCUGAAAGCGGUGAAACUGGAUGCUGUUGAUGUCCGGUCCUACAUUGCUCGAUCCCUGCUUGAUGGCUUUGAAGGCCCAGUGGGAUACAGCCUAAAAUUUGGGCUGCAUCAUGUCAACUUUGAAGACAGCAACAGACCAAGGACUCCCAAGGCAUCUGCUUACUUCUAUUCCGGUAUCAUUGAAAAAAAUGGUUUUCCAUCCCAAACAUUGGGCAGAUCUUCUGCACCAGUGGUGUUUGACCAACCUGUGCCAUCAAAGCUGCCAAAUUUACCAGCAUCAGAAGUUCCCUCCAAGGCAACAAAGGUUGUCUGGAAGAAGUUUUCAUCCCAGACUGCCUUUGAAAGAGACAUGUAUUUUUAUGGGACAUUCCCAGAGGAUUUUACGUGGGGUGUGUCUUCCUCUGCCUACCAGAUAGAGGGAGGUUGGAAUGCUGAUGGCAAAGGACCCAGCAUAUGGGAUAACUUCACCCAUGUCCCAGGGAAUGUAAACAAUAAUGAUAAUGGAGAUAUAGCUUGUGAUAGCUACCACAGGGUGGAGGAAGAUAUUUACAUGCUGAGAGCCUUAGGGGUAAAGAACUAUCGGUUUUCACUGUCCUGGCCUCGAAUUUUCCCCACUGGAAGGAACAACUCAAUCAACAGCCAUGGAGUAGAAUACUACAACCGUCUCAUUGAUGGACUGAUUGCAAACAACAUCACUCCAAUUAUCACUCUCUACCACUGGGACCUACCACAAGCUCUCCAGGACAUCGGUGGCUGGGAGAGCAACGAGCUGAUUGACCUGUUUGACAGCUUUGCAGACUUCUGUUUCCAGACCUUUGGGGACAGGGUGAAGUUCUGGAUUACAAUCAAUGAACCCAACAUCAUUGCCUGGCUGGGCUAUGGCACUGGCUUGUUCCCACCCAAUGUCAAGGACCCUGGCACUGCUCCCUACAGGGUUGCCCACAUCUUACUGAAAGCUCAUGCCAGGGUCUACCACACCUACGAUGACAAAUACAGAGCGAGUCAGGGAGGGGUCAUUGCCCUGUGCCCCUUCAUUACCUGGGCUGAGCCAAAGACACCAAGUGACCCCAGGGACAUUGAAGCUGCUGACAGGUACCUGCAGUUUUUGGUGGGUUGGUUCACACACCCGAUUUUCAAAAACGGGGACUACCCCGAGGUCAUGAAGUGGAAAGUCGGGAACAGGAGUGAGCUCCAGAACCUGCCGUCGUCGCGCCUGCCGCUUCUCACAGCGGAGGAGCGCGAAUACAUCCGGGGCACAGCAGAUGUCUUCUGCUUCAACACAUACUCCUCCAAAAUUGUAAGCCAUUCAACAACACGUCUGAAGCCUUUCUCCUAUGAGUAUGACCAGGAAGUUUCAUUAACAGUGGACAGCUCCUGGCCUUCCUCAGCUCUUACUGACCAUCGGCCUGUGGCCUGGGGUCUGAGGAGGCUACUGAACUGGAUCAAAGAGGAAUAUGGAAACCCCCCAAUAUACAUCAUUGAGAAUGGCGUGGGGACAAAGGCCAAAUCGGAUGUUGAUGACAAUGCCAGGAUAUUUUACCACAAAACAUACAUUGACGAAGCUUUGAAAGCUUACAAGGUAGAUGGUGUUAAUCUGAAAGGAUACAAUGCUUGGUCUCUGAUGGAUAACUUUGAAUGGGUGGAUGGUUAUGAUCCAAGAUUUGGAUUGCACCAGAUUGAUUUUGACAACCCCAACAGGCCAAGAACACCAAAGCGCUCUGCUAUGUACUAUGCAGAAAUCAUCCGCAAUAAUGGCAUCCCACUGCCCAAGGAAGAUGAAUUUUUAUAUGGAGAGUUUCCAAAGAACUUCUUUUGGAGUGUAGCAACUGCAGCUUACCAGAUUGAGGGAGGAUGGAGAGCAGAUGGGAAAGGACUUAGCAUUUGGGACAAAUAUGCCCACACUCCCUUGAGAAUUGGCAAGGAUGCGACUGGAGAUGUAGCUUGUGACAGCUACCACAGGAUUGAGGAGGAUGUGGAAAUGCUGAAAAGCCUCAAGGUGUCUCACUACCGCUUUUCAAUCUCCUGGUCCCGAGUUCUCCCAGAUGGGACCACCAGGUACAUCAAUGAAAAGGGACUCAACUACUAUGAAAGGCUGAUCGAUGCCCUUCUGGCAGCCAACAUUGUUCCUCAGGUAACUCUCUAUCACUGGGACCUCCCACAGGCGCUGCAGGACCUCGGUGGGUGGGAGAAUGAUGCUAUAGUUCAGAGAUUUAAGGAAUAUGCUGAGGUCCUUUUCCAGAGGCUGGGAGAUAAAGUGAAAUUUUGGAUAACCCUCAAUGAACCCUACAAUACUGCCUAUCUUGGCUAUGGCGUUGGCACAGCUGCACCAGGUGUCUCGGUUCGGCCGGGACGUGCUCCCUACGUGGUGGGACACAACCUGAUCAAGGCACACGCGGAGGCCUGGCACCUUUACAACGAGACCUACCGGGCCAAGCAGGGAGGGCUCAUCUCCAUCACCAUCAACUCUGACUGGGCAGAACCACGCAACCCACACAGCCAGGCAGAUAUCGAAGCUGCCACACGACUCAUGCAGUUUUUUCUAGGUUGGUUUGCUCACCCCAUUUUCAAAAAUGGUGAUUAUAAUGAAGUGAUGAAAAGAAGGAUUCGGGAACGAAGUCUGGCUCAGGGCCUGAGCAAAUCCCGACUUCCAGAAUUUACUGAAAGUGAAAAACAAAGAAUUAAAGGCACAUAUGACUAUUUUGGUCUAAAUCAUUAUACCACAGUUUUAACAUACAACCUAAACUAUCCUAAGGGUGUUAUGUCAUAUGACUCUGAUAGGGGCGUAGCCACAGUGACUGACCGCAGCUGGCCGAGCUCCGGUUCCCUCUGGCUGAAGGUGACACCCUUUGGAUUCAGGAAGAUCCUCAGGUGGAUAAAGGAAGAGUACAACAACCCUCCCAUUUAUGUGACUGAAAAUGGGGUCUCAGAGAGGGGAGCCUUUCAAUUCAAUGACACUUGGAGAAUGCAUUACUUUCGCACCUACAUUAAUGAGGCACUCAAAGCCAUUGUACUCGACGGUGUCGACUUACGGGGCUACACUGCGUGGACACUGAUGGACAACCUCGAGUGGGCAGCAGGUUAUGAGGAGAAGUUUGGCCUCUACCAUGUGAAUUUCUCAGACCCUGCCUUGCCACGGCGCCCCAAGGCCUCAGCCAAGUAUUACUCACAGAUCAUAAACUGCAAUGGAUUUCCAGACCCAGCAACGGGCCCACAUCCCUGUCUGGAACAGAAGCCAGAAGUGACACCAACAGACCCCACUCCAGGAACAGCUGACAUCGUGUGCUUUUUGGGAUUGGAUUUGACAUCCCAAGAUGCAGAAAUAGCACUCUAUGUGCUUUUUGCUCUUUCUGCAGUUGGAGCACUGAGCUUGGCUCUUUUUGCAUACAAAUAUGGAAAAUUGUCCAAAAGAUCCCAUAAACAAUCACACAUGGAACUUAGUAGUAAAAUGUAAUAUUUCCACCUCAUAAAAUGUUUUGGUUUGUUUUUUCUUAAAAAAAACCAGUCUAUAGCACCAGGAAGAGAAACUAGUGCUUGCAGUAUUGCAGCUUUCUGUCUUGCCUCAGAGAUGGCUCCCCAGCAUUUUGUUGUUUGCUUUCCAAUUUAAAAAGGGAGAGGAAAGUUAUUUUUCUAUGUUAACCGUCUCUUUUGUUCAUGGGCAUUACUGAUUUGAUUUCUUAAAGAUCAAAGUAAAAUUGCUUGUUCCUGUCUACAUAUAAGGAUUCUGAACGUCACCUGGCAUCUGUCCUUGCUUCAUCAUCAACAGUUCUGAAAGGACCCCUGGAAGUUCUCCAGCUUCUUAGAAUUUUAAGACAAAUUAGUGUCUCUCCUGGUGAAAACUGUUAUACUGCAGCUAUUGUACAGAUUGGAUUUUCACCCCUCCCCUUUUCCUUUAUUUCAUGUACAGUAAGGUCAUUUAAACUGGAACAAAAUGUUUGUCUGCUAUAUUUUAAAUUUCAGUGCAUAACCCUGCUUGCUUCCUUGUGAUACCAGAACAUCAGAGGAACUUCACAAGACAGUCAUGUUUUCUGGAAAAUAGUUUAUUGAGUGCUUAGGGAAUUAAAAACUACAAGGUUUUGCUUGCAGUUGCAGAAGCAAGAAAAAAGUUAAACAUAAAUUAGUUACCUGAUUUGCUACUUAGAGUGCUUCUGAAACCCUCAUUUUAAUCAGUCAUUGUCUACCAUGACCUUUAUAUUAACAUAGCUGGCCCUUAAAUUUAUGUAGCAGAAUAUUUAUAGAUUAAAAAGUGCCUUUCUAUGGCAUAGGGCAAUAUUUAUGAAAGCUGUUGGAGAUUUUCAGUCUUUUUACUAGUUUCCACUUACACCCACUUGAUUUUUCUGACAUAGGUGACUUUAUUCCAUAAUCCACCACAGGAAUAAGAAUUAAGUAAUUCAGUCAGUGUAAAAUAAGCCCCACUUGUCCAGAAGCUUUAGUUGACUUAGAUCAAAUAAGAGAAGAAAAAAAAGAAAAAAAGAAAAAAAAA